GCAGCCUUGUGCCCUUGCAGUUGAUCAUUGGUUGGAGCUGCAGGGAAGGGGAGGGGCCUCAGUGCCACUGUUUCUGUAGAGAGAGAGAGAAGCAGAGGGAACAAGAAAGAGUGUGAGAGAGAGAGAGAGAGAGAGAGAGACAGCAAAGGAGGAUAAAUGAACACGGGGGGUUCUCCCACCAUCGUCACCCCGUGUACUGCCUUCAUCCUCUCAGCUCACGGCUGUCUGCUGUGAUCUCACUGCGAAGGACCAGACAGAAACUGAGACAAGAGCAAGCGGACAUGGGUGAGUGAUGAAAAGCGGGUGAAGGAGAAGGAAGAAAAAAGAGGAAAAAGAAGAAGAAACAGGAAAGAGAACCGGGAGGACAGAACAAAAAGGAGAAAUUAUGUGUAAUGUCUCCUUCCCUCAAUUUAUGUACGCAGCACAUUAUACAAUAAUGUCUUCUCACUGGAAGCUGUGUCUGUGACUCUGUGGACAAGAGACAGAUAAGAGAGAGGGCUUCAGUCUGUGCUCCCUUCAGCUGCAGCAGAUGUUGAAGACAUCUCUGACUUUAUAGGGAGCGGGAGGCAUUUCAAGCAAAGAUUGGACUGGAAUUCCUUUAAACAAAGUCACAUUUUUGUCUGUUUUUUUUUCUCCUUCUUGUGCCUUCAGCUGGGAAGUUUGCUUUGCUGGAAAAAAAAUAAGAAGAAAAGGAAUACACGCAUUUCUUUUUUCAUGUGUUAAUCUGUUUUUACCCUGGUGGUUUUAUAUCUUUGUGUAAAACCACAACUCCUUGCACUGAGGACAAACCAAAGGGGGCUUCCUCACCGCUCUCUGUCCUUUCCAUCCCUCCUGCAUUUGAAAUGGCAGAUGGCGUCAGUCUCAUCAUGGAACCGCAGUUUGGAGCUUUUUGUUUGAACUGAAACCAUCCAGUGACUUUCAGAACGAGCCAGCUACCUGUCAAAAUAGUGGGUUCUUUGGUUCAUCGUACCCUUGAAGGGCACCUCAGACACGUCUUUCUGCCCAAGAUGAUGAAUUCCUCCCUGGAUCCACUGAACCAGAGCUCUGCUGACCUGUCAAACUUAUCUGCUCCUUUCUGCCUGCUUGAGAUAGGCUAUUCCCAAAUUUUCACCACCUGCCUCCUCGAAGUCUCUAUCAUACUGCUCCUCACUGUUCUCAUUAUUUCCGGUAACCUGGUUGUGAUUUUUGUGUUUCACUGUGCCCCCUUACUUAGCCAGCACACCACCAGUGCUUUCAUCCAGACUAUGGCAUAUGCUGAUCUGCUGGUGGGUGUCAGCUGCCUCUUCCCCUCCCUGUCCCUCCUUCAUCACCUCCAGGGCCUCGACCCCAAACUCACCUGCCAGGUGUUCGGGUACAUGGUGUCUGUUUUGAAAUCAGUUUCAAUGGUGUCGUUGGCGUGUGUGAGUGUAGAUCGCUACAUUGCCAUCACACGACCUCUGACUUACGCAUCCCUUGUAACACCUUGCCGAGUGCGCUGCUGCAUUGUUCUAAUAUGGUUGUACUCUGCACUGGUGUUUCUCCCAUCUUUUCUCGGGUGGGGGAAACCGGGUUACCACGGCGAUGUGGUGGAGUGGUGCGCAGUUGAGUGGCGGACUCGUCCGGCUUUCACAACCUUUAUUGUCGCGCUCCUCUACGCCCCAGCUGCUCUCACUGUGUGCUUCACCUACGCCAACAUCUUCAAGAUCUGCCGACAGCACACCCGGGAGAUCAGCGAGCGCCAUGCGCGUUACCGACCCCAACAGCUGCAGGGCCCAGGAUCAACAUUGGGUUCUGUGGUCAAGGACAACGGUGUAGUAGAGCAAGGGCAGUUGCCACACUUGACCCAACCACAAAAAUCCCAACCACAGUAUCAGCAACCCACAUCAACAUACCCAGACAAGCGAUACGCUAUGGUACUGUUCCGAAUUACAAGCGUGUUUUAUAUCCUCUGGUUGCCCUACAUCCUCUACUUUCUGUUGGAGAGCGGAGGGAUCUACCACCAUCCCGCAGCCUCAUUCCUAACCACAUGGCUGGCCAUCAGCAACAGCUUCUGUAACUGUCUCAUCUACAGCCUCUCCAACUCUGCCUUCAGGAAGGGCCUCAAACGCCUCUGCUCCUUCUGUUUACAGCGCAGCGGCAGUGGCUUUGGGGUUAGGAACACCAAAAAGACUUUCGUUGGUUCUGUUGAAAAAGGAUGUGCAGGGUCAGGGUAUGGAUAUGGUCAUGGGGAAAUAGGAAUUGGCACAACAUGUCAUGUGUAGGGCACACAGAGGAAACCCUUGUGCCAAAUUGGCAUUUGAACUUUUUAAAAAGAUGCCUGAUGUGAUUGCUGUCAAAUGUCUCAUCCUUUUAAGCUCAAAUGUGCUGUAAAGAGAUGGAAGGAGGCGUUGAUCUGCCCCCUGCUGUUUCUGUCACAUUUGGAGUUUACACAGGCGUCCUCUGCGCACGCCACAGCUGGCAAAGACGGAUAAAGGGAGUCAAUAGCAAAGCACUGAAGGAGGAAAGGCCUAAAGAGCCCUGCAGGGUUUUUUGAAAAUGGUCAAGGAAACCAGGCAUACUGUACUGUAUGUGGACACGGGGUGAUAUAUGAAGGAGGGAGGAAAAAUCUGAAAAUCUCUGGAGAAAUUAAGAUUUUUAUCUGUUAUUAUCUGUUUUCUCUGGGAAGUGCAUGUGAAACAACAUGACCUAGGUUGGCAGACUAUCAGCACAGUGUGAGCUGAAUGCAAAAAAAGAAGAAAUGAAUGCAAACAGAACAAUAGUUGACCGCUGUGUUUUAGUAAUGUAGUGCUGAGGUGAACUGCCAAUAGCAAGCUCUUUAAAUAUCUUUUUAUGUGCUCUUACCCCCUCAGUAUUUAAAUACUAAAAGUGAUGCAACAGUGUGUUUGUGUAUUUGUUGUGUCUCUUGUUGUUGACUGAUUGAUUGAGUCAAAAAGAAAUGUAAAGAAAUUACGUAGGUCUAGACCAAGUACACAUUUUAAUAGUCUGUUUGCACUGACCAAACUGAUUAUGGUUUGUCAGCAUCAAGACGUCUAUUCAUAAACUUUUAGAUUGUAGAUUAUUUAUUGCUGUUGUUGUACAGGACAAAAACGUCUUUAAUUAAGUGGUGGGUUCAGACACUGAGCCUGAUGUUUGUGUCAUAUGAUAUGAGAUACUAACCAGCUUUGGUGUACGACUGUUAACCUGACAAAAAGCAAACGUAAUUUUCAGUGAAUUUCUCUUUUAUGAUUUUUUUUAAAUAUUUGUUUCAUUGCACCUUCUGUUGUUUCGAAUAUGUAACUAAACUUAUUUCAUAACUGUGUCCAUGGCAAAGCAAGACCAAGAAAGUAUGUAUAUUUUCACUUAUUGUACACAGAUUGUUGGUACAUCAUUGGGCUGAUUUUUCUUUUUGGUAGUUAGGUUAAGGAAGGUAAAAACUUUAAGCAUUUAGAUAAAUGACACUCAAUUGGCACAUAUUCUUGCAAAUACUUACCUUGUUACAAACCUUACAAACCUGUGUGCUGUAAGACUGCAUUUGGGGAGUAGUGCACGCGCACACACACACGAACGCAAGAGGAUCACAUGUAAACGGAACAGACAAAUAGCCCAUUCACUGAGUCUGCCAGCAGGCUAACCUCUGCAUGGCACCAUGAAGAGGGACUGACCCCUCCACUCCCUGGGAACUGUGUGUAUGCGUGUGCCUACGUGCAUGCACAUGUUGUAGUCUGUUUCGUACAUCUUGUCCCCAUGUGUAGUUUUGUGGGUUCUUUCACUCUUAACUUGAUUUUUAAUGCAAACUAAUCAAGACCAAUAAUAAGCCGAAAUGAAUCCAAGUGUACAUUCUGUGUCACAGACUCAAAAGGUUGUGAAAAAUGAUCUCUAUUUUUAACCAUGGAGGCUCAUGUCACAGUUUAUUUAGGUGCAGAUAAUCUAGCUUUAUGUACGUUAUCAAAUCUACCAAAGAAAGUUUAACAGAAAUUCUUAAUUAUAUUUUUUUCUAAAUAUCUAAUAUAUGAAGAUUUAGUCAGAUGCGAAUGGGUUCUACACAAAGCACUGUGUUGGCUCAGUGAUGCCUUACGUGCAUGAAUAUGACUGUUUCUCAGUAUAUAGUGAUAUCUUGUUGCCUUCAUAUACAAAUGAAAAUUUACUGUUGGGGAAGUAUUUUCCUUUUACAUUUAGGGAGGGCUCCAUUUAUAGACAUGCGACUGUUAGAGGGAACGGCACGGACUGGAAAUUAUAAGCAUGUGCAGUGAUGAAAAUGCACAUGAGCCAGCCUUGGUUCCACAUUCACUAUGGAAUAACCUGAACCCCAUUUGUUGUGUGAGGUUAUUUAUAAAUGCGACUCUUCAAAAAUUCAUAAAUUGCAAUCAUUGUUCCUCCGUUCUUUAAAAUUGAAAGUAGACAGGGGCAAACACACGACUCAAAAGUGUAGAUUUGUUUUGCAUGUAUUUGUUUGUGUGUGCACAGAGUGUGUAUGAGUGUGUGCACGGGUAUGUUAGGAUGGGACCAUUGGCUGAAUUGAACUGUUUACGGUGUUCUAGCAAGGGUGCUAACAGAGUUACCACCUUUCAUUGCUUUAUUAGCUGCACAUCACUUCCCUUGAGUAUACUGUAUUUUGUGAGUGUAUGAUGUACAAUGGUGGUAGAUAGAUUCACAUGUUGUCUUUAAAUAUUUUGGCUGUCACCUGUGAAGAAUUGCCAAAUAUUGUAAUCUUUCCUAUUUGUACCUUCUUUUAUUCAAAAAUGGCGUGUACAAAUGGCGUAUUGAAUGUCUGAUUGUCAAACUACAGAAAUUUAUUUUUGUAAAAUUACGUAGUUUCUGUCUGUUCUGUUGUGAAGUGAGAAAUGUUGCAGACUCUUAAAUAGAUUUAGUAGCAGCAUGCUAACUUAUUGAAGCGAUUGAGGCUGCGUCUUUAUGAUGAUGCAUUUUAUUUUACUUGGAUAGCUCACCAGUAAAAAUAUGUUAUUUCCCACAGCAGUUAAUGGUACAAUUUCCUCAGAAAUGUUUAAGAUUUAGGGCAAAGUGUCUUGGGAAAUUAUUAUGCCAAAACAUGCUCACUUUAGCAUUCUCACACACACACACACACACACAUUCACUUUUUCCUGUGGGAGAACAGUCGGCUCUCAUGUUCUCAAGGGAACGAUGCUCUGGUGGUGGCUGUGUGGAGGUACAGUGCCAUGUUGGAGGGUUAGACAGAACAAGAGGGAAUAUGGGCACCAGAGCUGGUUUAGGAAGCCGUAUGGAGGUUAAAUGCAGCCUUCUGCUAUAAGAGAAGAAAAUACUUGUUGAUGGCGUUCAAUAGUGAGUGAGUGUAUACUACAAACACAGUAAUAAUCAAUACAAAAUCUGGAUGGCCAUUUGCAGAUACUUUAAGUGAUUUUCAGGCAUGAAAAUACAAUAUGCAAUAGGUGCAAAGAAAGAAGAUUAAAAUGAUUCCUAGCUUCCAUAGCUGUUGGCUGUUAUUUCCAGAAUCCUCAUAUACUGUCAUUUUAUUAUAUUUUAAACCUUUACAAGUUAUCCAGAAACAUUAGAGGGUGGCUGCUGCUGCUUCUUCAUCAUCUUCUUCUUCUGGCAUCUUAGGAAACAGCUUUAGGAGCAUUGCCACUUUCUGGGCUGGGACUACAAGCAGAGUCCUUAUGUAGCUUAAGAAGUUGCAUUCUCUAUAUGUAGCACGAUGUAAAUAGAGUGUAGAAAUUGUAUCUAGAUUUCCAACGAAAAUAAACAAAUUAAAUUGAUAAUUGUAAUUGGGGCCUUAUUUAAAAUAACCAAUAAAAUAAUUUUUUUUAUCCUGAAUAUAUUGUUCUCUCACUUCAGAAAACAUGUUUUGUAAUGAACAACAGCAAAAAUAUUUUAAACAAACUGAAUGCUGGUUGGCUAUUGUAUCUUAGAGUAGAGAUUGUACAGUACCGUGAACAGGCUGUACAGCCUUAUAGUGCACUUUAACACACACACACACACACACACACACACACACACACACACACACACACACACACACACACACUAUGGUAUUUUCUUAUCUGUCUUUCAAUCUGUUUUGGAUUUUGUUCUUUUUGUUUUCAUAAGGUUCUAAAUAGGCCACACCAGACCCCCACUAAUGGUUGACUCAUGACCCAGCUGUUCUGAGCAACAGAUUAUUAUCACAUUAAGAACAAGACUGACCACUGUAACAAUUAAGCCUGGAAGCGUCCCAAAAGACACUCUGCAUGUGUUUUUGUCCACAACUAAUGCUGAAAAUUGCUCACAGUGAACAAUGGUGCAUUUGUCAAAUUCAUAUUUGAUAUGUCUAAGGUGGUGAAUUUAUGAUACGGUUUUUAAAGAUGUUCAGUGCUUUUCUAGAUGGAGAAUGUUGGGAUAAUACCAAUGGUCAAACAUGUUAAUUGUUGCUGUCAUAAAAGUGAGUCUCUGUGACAAAUAAGAUAUUUUUCAUUACAUGAUGCUUUGUAGGUGACAAACCUAUAUGGUAUUGUAAGAUGUACAUGUUGUGUAUCUGUACUGAGCAAAUAAAUGUAAUGUUAUCUCAAUGUA